AAGAAUCUCUUUCUUGCGUUCCAAGUCCUCGUGCUCCUCCUUCGUGAGUUUCAUUCCAUGGAAAUAGGCCUCCUCGUCCGCAAUCUCCUUCCUCAGGAGCUCGAUCUGCUGCACCUCACGUUUUGUCAGGUAUUCCUGGCGAGAGUGCAAUCGCAGUGAAGGAAGUGCAUGCGUCCGUGCUUCGGUGUCGUCUGCCAGUUGUCGACGUUGUGCAGCCUCGGCCGCUGCACCUGCGUUACGAGAGGAGCGAUCUUCGACGACCUUUUUCACCUUUUCCCGAUCUUUUUCACGCACCCGCUCAGCAAACGCGUCUCGUUCCUUCAUAUCGUGCACCCGUUCUCGUUCUUUUCUCUCAUCCUCGUCUUCCGGGAUGUCCAUCACCUCAUCCUCAUCCACAUUGGUUUCAACAUCAUCAGGUUUCCGCCGCUUCCGAGUCUUCUCUUCCUCGUCGCUUUCCCAUUCUUUGCUAUCGUGCUCUCUCUUCCUGAGAUGUCGGUCGCGCUUCUCCUUACCGCUCCCUCUAUCCUCCUUCCGCUUCUCCUUGCUGCUACGUCCCUCCUCCUUCCGUUUUCCCUUCAACUCGGAAACGCCAGGGGUAGCCUCAUCCUCAAGCAGGAACUCAAACCUGCGGGAAUUCAGUGCCUUUGCAUCCUUCUCCGCUUGCUUCCGUGCACUGUCUGCCGAAGACUUGUGUUUGCUCUUCCUGGGAACACGAGAGAAGAGCUCAUUAAUGAAUACAUGUGCGUCGGGGGUGUUUGGGAGGCCAGAAGCGGUUAGAGAGGAGAAAAGAGCGUCUGGUGUUUUUGAUGUCGAUGCUAGAAGAAAAUAUUUAAAUAAUGGCAAGUAGGUACAUGCAGAAUGGUC